AUGGCGCUGCAGCGGAAACCGAACGUGGACUACCCCCUUAUCGAGUACACCCUCUGGGACUCCGACGACGAGCUGUCCAAGAGGUCCAGGAUUGCUGCCCUGGACAUCUUCCAGGAGGACGAGGAGGAGUACCGUGACAUAGAGGCCUCCGUCAUCAAGGACUUCUCCGAGCUCCCGUUCGAGGGGCAUCCGCAGGCACUGAUCGUCGGCGAGUCGGCACUGAACCGACAGGAAAACGUCGACAUAAUCAAGCAGGGCAUCGUCAUCUGGUGCGAUGCCACCCCCAUGACCACUUGGAAGAAGACCCAGAUGCCACUGGGCACUGGCAAAGGUGGCAUCUCGCUCAAGACCGGCGUCUUGGUUCGCCCGCCCAUCUGGUGCCUCGCGCAGGGGUGGGAGGCCGACCCCGACGACGGCGAGGCGAUGGUGGAGUACAAGCGCAUCGUCGAAGAGUUUCGUUUGGAGUACGACAAGGUCGCGGACAUCCGAGUGCGCGUGGACGUCCCCGGCCUGCGGGAGAACUCGUACUGGGCCGCGGAGCGCCUGAUCCGGGCCCUGGGCGAGUUCCUCGGCAUCGCGGAGCAGACGAGCGACGGCUCCGUGGACGACGAGCUCUUCUCCAGGGACCUGGAGAAGUUCCUCGAGGGCGCCCGGCUCACCAAGUACUACGAUCCCAUGAAGAAGUGGUGCGAUGAGCACGGCGCGAACGCCAUGGACGAUCUGGCCGAGAGCGUGCCCGAGCUCAUAGACGCCCUCGGGCUCAAGCCCCUCGAGAAAAAGCGCCUCGAGAAGGGCGCAGGAGUGCGCCAUGCCGUGGGGGCCUCCGUGGUGGCCCUGGUCGGGCCGGGCGUGGUGUGUCUGAGAUGCUGCGGCAAGAACAUUGGCAAGGUGAUGUGGAAAAAGGCCAGCGACAGUCAGCUGCACUGCGACUGUGAUUCCGCCGUGCUCGCCGUUGCUGUGGUCUUGGCGGCGGGCGCUAUCGUCCGUGGCAGCGGCAUCGUCGUGGGCUGCCGCGUGCCUGCCGUUGCGGUGGUCUCCGCCGCGGGUGCUGCGGCGGACGAGGUUGCCAGCCUCGUCGUGGAGGCCCCAGCCUGCGAGCUGCGGCGCCUGCUGUGCGCGCCCCCCGACGCCGCGGCCCCGGGGCGCCGCGGCCCCGAGCUGGCGGCGGCGUUGCGGGACUUCCGACGCCCCGGCGGCCGGUGUCUGCUGUGGCCCGCCGUGCAGCGGAAGUGCGGGGCGGAGGAGGUGGUCAGGUGCCUGGUGGAGGACGCGGGCCUGUUGCCAGACCUCCCAGACGAGGUCCUCGGGCAGACGCCGCUGUUCAGCGCCGCGGCCCACGGCGCCACUGGCGCGGCGCGGGCGCUGAUCGAGCUGCGGGCCAAGGUCGACCAGAUCGACGGCAACCAGCAGACGCCCCUGUUCUGGGCCGCCAGUCGUGGCCACACGGCGUGCAUCCGUGAGCUGCUCGACGCCCGCGCCUCGCUCGGCACCACCGACGUGAACGGCCAGGGUGCCCUCUUCUACGCCGCCAAGAGAGGCUACGAUGAGUGCCUGGCGGCGAUGCUGGAGGCUCGGGUGCGGGCGUCCAUGGCCUCAACACGGUGGGGCCGCUCGGCGCUCUUCUACGCCUCCGGGCGCCGCUGCUCCGAACUGCUGCUCCGCGCGGCGGGGGCGCCGGGCGCCGCUGGCGCGGCCCGCGUCGGCGCCCGCGACUCCAACGAGCAGACCGCGCUGUUCUACGCCGCGCGCGACGGCGACGAGGCCCGCGG